UUCUCUCUCCCUCCCUCUCUCUAAUUCAGGACUGGAUGCAUGCACGAUCUGGUUUUUAACAGGGAUAGCACCAUUACCAUGCACACUACUCCCUGUAGGCUCAGCAGAGAAUAGCGACAACAGCAGUUCUCUCUCUCCCACUCUCUCCACCUCUACCAGACAAGACUCCUCCUCUCCAUCUCUCUGUGACUCCCUCUCUCUCUUGCAUAUGAUCUGUACUUCACUUCCUCCCAGCUGAAGCAGGAGAUAACAGCACACUACACACAGUGAACACAAAAGAAGAACCGGAGAAGAAAAGGAAGAGACAGCUGUACUUUCUGUAGGCAAUGCGUGGUUGGGCCUGCUGAGCUGAAUGUUCCUCACCAAAGGGCAGGCUAUCAGCAGGAAAUAAACAAGCCAAGAUCUGAAGAACGCUGCUCCCUGUGACUUCAGUAAGAGAGAGAGUCUGAGGCCAGCUUCAGCAGCAAGCUACCUUGAGUUAAAGCUUCUGCCUGGCUGCCACAUCCAGCGAUGAGUCGAAGGGAGGCUCUGGUGGGGAACCCUGUGCCUAGUGCAGCGCCUGAGGUAUCAGGCAACAGCACAGAGGCAGCAGGACCCGGUCCCCACGAGACCAAAGAUGAGAUGUUCUCCAAAGUCAAAGACAAGUUCAUGAAUGAACUGCACAAAAUCCCACUGCCAUCAUGGGCCAUCGUUGCCAUUGCGUUUGUUGCUGUUGUACUAGUUGUUUCCUGCUGCUUCUGCAUCUGCAAAAAGUGGAUAUUCAAGAAGAAGAACAAGAAAAAGGGCAAAGACAAGGGCAAGAAUGCCAUCAACAUGAAGGACGUCACUGACGGUAUCAAAACCGAGGCCUUGAAGGAUGAGGAUGAUGCAGAAACAGGGCUGACGGAUACAGAGAAAGAGGUGGAGUCUAAGGAAGAAGAGAAACUUGGCAAAUUACAGUACUCCUUGGAUUACAAUUUCACAGAGAAUACGCUCAUAGUGGGGAUCAUCCAAGCAGCAGAGCUGCCCGCUAUGGAUAUGGGUGGCACUUCUGACCCCUAUGUGAAGGUCUACCUUCUUCCAGACAAGAAGAAGAAAUUUGAGACCAAGGUCCACCGGAAGACACUGAAUCCCGUUUUCAAUGAGCAAUUCACCUUUAAGGUUCCCUACACUGAGCUUGGAGGGAAAACUCUGGUGAUGACGGUGUAUGACUUUGACCGCUUCUCCAAACACGAUGCUAUUGGAGACGUGAAGGUGCCCAUGAAUAAGGUCGACUUUAGUCAUGUGACUGAGGAGUGGAGGGACCUCCAGAGCGCUGAGAAAGAAGAGCAAGAGAAGCUGGGUGACAUCUGUUUCUCUCUGCGGUAUGUGCCCACUGCUGGCAAAUUGACCGUGGUCGUUCUGGAGGCCAAGAACCUGAAGAAGAUGGAUGUCGGUGGCCUGUCAGAUCCCUACGUCAAGAUUCACCUGAUGCAGAAUGGCAAGCGGCUGAAGAAGAAGAAGACGACAAUCAAAAAGAACACCCUCAACCCUUACUACAACGAGUCUUUCAGUUUCGAAGUGCCAUUCGAACAAAUCCAGAAAGUUCAAGUUGUUAUAACUGUUCUGGACUAUGACAAGAUUGGCAAGAACGAUGCCAUCGGCAAAGUGUUUGUGGGUUUGAACAGCACAGGCACCGAGAUCCGUCAUUGGUCAGAUAUGCUGGCCAACCCGAGGAGACCCAUCGCUCAGUGGCACGUGCUCAAGCCGGAGGAGGAAGUGGAUGCCCUGCUAGCAGCUCAGAAAAAAUAGAGCAGCCCGUGCCGCUCUUCAUGCACCCUCACUCCUAAUUUCGUGUCUAAGAAAACCGCCUUCUUGGACCACCCCCUUGAGAUGUUGUGUUGUUACGUCGGUUUUGACCCCUCGCCCCCUUCCUUCCUUCCUUCCUUCCGUCGAUAAACUUUCUCUGUCCUUUGUUGUUUCACCUCCAUCCACAACUUUAAAAUCCCCGACCAAAUGUCCCCUUCUUUUAAGCAA